AUGCUUUUCUGGCACACGCAGCCCGAGCACUACAACCAGCACAACUCCGGCAGCUACCUGCGGGAUGUGCUCGCCCUGCCCAUCUUCAAGCAGGAGGAGCCACAGCUGUCCCCCGAGAACGGAGCCCGCCUGCCGCCCCUGCAGUACGUGCUGUGUGCUGCCACGUCCCCAGCUGUGAAGCUGCAUGAAGAGACCCUGACCUACCUCAACCAAGGUCAGUCCUAUGAAAUCCGACUGCUGGAGAACAGGAAGCUGGGAGACUUUCAAGAUCUGAACACAAAAUACGUGAAGAGCAUCAUCCGUGUGGUUUUCCAUGACCGCCGGCUGCAGUACACAGAGCACCAGCAGCUAGAGGGCUGGCGGUGGAGCCGGCCUGGGGAUCGCAUCCUGGAUAUCGAUAUUCCACUGUCUGUUGGUAUCUUGGACCCCAGGGCCAGCCCAACCCAGCUGAAUGCAGUGGAGUUUUUGUGGGAUCCUGCGAAGAGAGCAUCUGCCUUCAUUCAGGUGCACUGUAUCAGCACAGAGUUCACCCCAAGGAAGCACGGGGGUGAGAAGGGGGUGCCUUUUCGGGUGCAGAUCGACACAUUUAAGCAGAAUGAGAAUGGCGAGUACACAGAACACUUGCACUCAGCCAGCUGCCAGAUCAAGGUGUUCAAGCCAAAGGGAGCCGACCGGAAGCAGAAAACCGAUAGGGAAAAGAUGGAGAAAAGAACCGCACAAGAGAAAGAAAGAUACCAGCCAGCCUAUGAAACCACUAUUCUCACGGAGUGCUCUCCAUGGCCUGACGUGGCCUACCAGGCGAACAGUGCCCCGUCCCCAAGCUACAAUGGCUCUCCCAACAGCUUCGGCCUUGGCGAAGGCAACAGCUCACCAACCCAUCAUCCGGUGGAGGCUCUGCCUAUGGGUAGUGACCACCUGCUCCCAUCAGCCUCCAUUCAGGAUGCACAGCAGUGGCUGCACCGUAACAGGUUCUCACAGUUCUGCCGGCUCUUCGCCAGCUUCUCAGGCGCGGACUUGCUGAAGAUGUCCAGAGAUGAUUUGGUCCAGGUCUGCGGCCCCGCAGAUGGGAUCCGACUCUUCAACGCCAUCAAAGGCAGGAAUGUGAGGCCGAAGAUGACCAUCUAUGUCUGUCAGGAGCUGGAGCAGAACCGAGUGCCCCUGCAGCAGAAGCGGGAUGGCAGUGGGGACAGCAGCUUGUGUGUAUACCAAGCCAUCUUCUUGGAAGAGCUGACCACCUUGGAACUAAUUGAGAAGAUUGCCAACCUGUACAGCAUCCCUCCCCAGCACAUCCACCGGGUCUACUGGCAGGGCCCUACAGGCAUCCACGUGGUGGUGAGCAAUGAGAUGGUGCAAAAUUUCCAAGAUGAAUCUUGUUUUAGCCUCAGCACAUUAAAAGCUGAGAGCAAUGACGGCUACCACAUCAUCCUGAAAUGUGGACUGUGA